UAUAGGAACCCUCACUCUCCACAAAACCAAGAAAUUAACUGAAGAGAAUGGCUCUGAAUGAGAAGAAAACAGAACUGAUCUUCAUUCCCUCACCAGGAAUUGGCCAUUUAACCUCAACCCUUGAAUUUGCACAGCUCCUGAUCAAGAGUGACAACAAUCUUUCCAUCACAGUGCUCACUAUCAAGCUCCCAACCAUUCCCUUUUCAAACUCAUACAUCAGAUCAGUUUUGGCUUCACAGCCUCGGAUCCAACUCAUUGAUCUCCUUGAAGUAGAACCACCCCCACAGAAGCAACCACUUGGACCUCCAGCAUACUACAUGUGGUCCUACAUGGAAAGCCUCAAACCCCAUGUCAAAGUCACUAUGCAAAACAUUUUAUCAACUAAUCCAAACCCAGUUGUGGGCUUGGUCCUAGAUUUCUUCUGUGUUUCCAUGAUUGAUGUGGGAAAUGAAUUGGGUAUUCCUUCUUAUUUGUUCUUCACAACAAAUGUUGGAUUUUUGAGUUUCAUGCUUUCUCUUCAGAAACGUCAGAUUGAGGAUGUGUUCAGUCAUUCUGAUCAUGAAUUGUUGAUUCUGGGUUUCUCCAAUCUAGUUCCUUCAAGUGUUUUACCUGAUGCUGCUUGCAACAAAGAUGGUGGAUAUUUUGCCUAUUACAAGCUUGCUGAGAGGUUCAGAGAAACCAAAGGGAUUAUUGUGAAUACUUUUUCUGAGUUGGAGCAGGAUGCUAUAGAUGCAUUAUCUGAUGGCCAUACCCCUCCAAUCUAUGUUGUUGGUCCUUUGAUUGAUUUCAAGGGUCCUUCUAACCCAAAUUUAAACCAAGCUCAGCACAACAGUUUGUUGAAAUGGCUAGAUGAGCAGCCACCUUGCUCUGUUGUUUUUCUCUGUUUUGGAAGCAGGGGAAGCUUUGAUUCGUCUCAAACAAGAGAAAUAGCACUAGGACUUCAACGAAGCGGGGUUAGAUUCUUGUGGGCUUUGCGUUCUCCAACAACAACUGACAAUGAAGAGAAAACUUUACCAGAAGGGUUCUUAGAAUGGAUGGAAGGUAGCAGGAGAGGGAUGUUGUGUGAAUGGGCACCCCAGGUGGAGGUUCUGGCUCACAAAGCCAUUGGUGGGUUUGUGUCUCAUUGUGGUUGGAACUCCAUCUUGGAAAGCUUGUGGUUUGGGGUACCAAUAUUGACAUGGCCUAUCUAUGCAGAACAACAGCUGAAUGCUUUUAGGAUGGUGAGGGAAUGGGGAUUAGCAGUUGAGCUGAGAAUGGAUUAUAGAAAAGGUAGUGCUCUUGUGAUUGCAGAGGAGAUAGAGAAAGGGCUGAAACACUUGAUGGACAGAGAUAACAUUGUGCACAAGAAGGUGCAAGAGGUAAAAGAGAUGGCAAGGAAAGCUGUCCUAAAUGGUGGUUCUUCUUUCUUAUCUGUUAGGGAACUCGUUGAUAAUAUGAUAGGUAGUAAGUGAUAACUAUUCUCGUACUUCAUAGAUGGAAUUUUCUAAUUUCUAAGAAUCAAUGAAUAAAUUCGACAAGAAAUUGGACUGCUCUACUAAGAAAUUGUUGUUUGAAUAUAUGUUUGAAAUUGAAGUUUGUUUGUGACA